AUGGUUUCAAGACGCGGAGCUCGCAGGAAACGAACGUGGCUUGAGUGGAUUGGGGACUUCAUUUCCCAUGGUGCACCGAGGCUAGUUUCUCUAGACCACAGUUCCCACGAGGCAAGGCGCGAGCGGAGCGGCGCGUUGCCUGAUGGGAGUUGUAGUCAAGAGGGGGAGGCGUUAAGAGGCCUUUUAGGCUGCCGGCGGAGUUUGGGUAAUGAUGAAAUCCGACGGGGACGUUUCCCAGGAACUGAGUUUGCUUUGGGCUUUGUGGGCAAAAAGAAACAUGGCUUGCAUUGGACGGAGCGGCUGAGCGACAGCUUAGGGGAAGAGGGGCGGGGGUGGAUAAACAGCAUUUGGGGAAAGGGAGAAGAUGUGGAUGUAGGAGUUUGGGGCGGGAGUUUUGGUCGAGGCAGAGAGAGAGAGAGACGAGGAGCAGAGGGGGUGGGAGCCGUUCGGCGGGGCUUAGAGCAUUGGGGUGGCGCCCCAUUUUGUGAGUAA